AUGGCAACCAGCAGCAACAGUUCGCCGCCGUCGCCGAUCAAUGUACAUGCGCGCCUUCUGAGCCGCCCGCGAGAGGACUAUGCGACGUUCGACGCGCCGGCUGGCACGCUCCAUAGCUCGGUGCGCCACCUUGUGAAUACGCACGCAACCGAAGCGGCCGCGAUCUCGAAAAUGGCGUGGAAGGUGAGCGUCGCGACGCUCUGUCGCACGUUCUUGCCCGCGAUCACCGCCGCCUUCUUGGGUCACUUGGGCUCGACCGAGCUGGCGGCAAGCGCGCUCGCCAACAUCUGGGUCUCAGGUCUCCAAACCGUCAUCUACGGCUUCUCGGUCUCGCUCUGCACGCUCUGUGGCCAAGCGUACGGCGCGCGCAACUAUGAGCUGGUGGGUAUCUGGUUCCAGCUCGGCGUCGUGUCCCUAUCGCUGCUGUCGAUCCCCAUGUGCAUAUCGUUCUACCACGUCGACUACAUUUUGUGCUACAUCAGCGACGACCCGCGCGUCCUCACGCUCGCGACGCAGUUUUCGCGCUACUCGAUCCUGAGCGUCUGGCCGCAGUGCUUCAACUGCGCGCUACGACAGUACUUGCAAGCGCAAGAGAUUGUGACGCCUGGCACGGUCGUGAGCUCUGUGAGCGUCGUGCUGUGCAUUGGCGCCAACUACCUCUUCAUCUACCACUGGGAUCUCGGCUUUAUCGGGUCGCCGCUCGCCCAGCUCGUGGCUGACGUCUUCCAGCCCGUCGCGCUCUUCUUAUACGCGUGCGUCUACCGGAAACACCACACGGAAACGUGGUUUGGGUGGACGUGGGCGUGCAUUCGGCGAGACCGCGUCCAGCGCUUUCUGUGGCUCUCGUUCACGAUGACACUCAACGUCGCGAUGGACGAGUGGAUCUACUCGGCCGUGACCGCUGUCGCGGGCUACCUCGGGCCGCUCAACCUCGCGGCCAACAGCGUUUUGUAUACGCUGUGGAACCUCGUCUACAGCAUCUACUGGGGCUUUGGCUUGCCGACGCAAGUCCGCGUCGCCAACUUUCUCGGCGCCAACAGCCCGCGCGCAGCGCAGCACACCAUGCGUGUCGGGUUUGUGCUGGGCGGCGUCGCUGCAUUUGGAUCGGCGGGCCUCUUUUACGCGUGUCAGCGCCCGAUCAUUGCAUUCUUCACGCCCGACGACGCACUCGCCGACCUCAUUGCGUCCAACAUGCUCCUCUUCGGCCUUGCGGUCGGGCUCUCGGGGCUCCACAUCGUGCUCGCGAGCGUCCUCGAGGCCAUGUCGAUGGCCAAGACGCUCCUCUGCAUCACCGCGUCCGGCUCGUGGGGCGUCAUGUUCCCCAUGUCCUAUUUCCUCGGCCUCUCGAUCGGCCUCGGUCUCUCGGGGCUCUGGCUCGGCAGCAUCUGCGGCGAGCUCGCCAAGUUUGUUUUGAUCGUGCGCGCCCUCCACAAGGUCAAUUGGCGCCGCGCGGCUCGCAAAGCCAUGCGCGAAUGUGGCGACGACCACAUCAAUGAAGAGGACGCUGCGAUGGCGCGACUCUCGAUCGGAACGGCGACACCGACGCUGUUUAGCCCCGUCAUCUCUCGGCGCAUGAACGAAGCCGACUACGACCGGUCGCGGAGCCAGUCCGAGACCGAAGUGGACGAAAGCGACGACGCCAGUCGACCGCGUGCAUUUUCUUGCUAGUGUAGUAUACUACUAGGUAAAGAAUUGCACCUUGACCUUGAGAAGGGGUCCGAGGGCAAAAACAAGGUUGUUUUGGUCC